UAUAAAGCCGAAAGAAAACAUAAUAAAAUAGAAUUUACUACGAAAUUUUGGAGAAAAAGAUAUAAUCGUUAUUAGUUGCCAAAAUAGUCUUGGUGAAUUACAAAGUACGAAGAGCGGAAAUUGUUUAAAGAAAAAAAAAUAAAAAAAUUGCAAAUGAAAAUGAAAAUUACAUUGAAAUUGCUAUUGUGUGCUGUAAUAUUGGUUGUUGGAGUCUAUGCAGAUUGUGAUGUUUGCCAAUCGGGUAAUAAUGUGACCUGCCAUAGCCUGAAUCGUUACUCGCCCUGUGUAAAUGGCAAACCGACAGAGGAAUAUCAAACCUGCCCGGAAAAUUAUGUCUGCACAUCGGCCAUAUUGAUAUGUUAUCCUCAGGCCCAUAGUCUUCCGGCAAGUUGUCCACGCAUCGAUGAACCACCACCGGUGGGCACCAAUUGUGGCAUCUGUGAUAAAUAUAAGGUUUUUGCUUGCCUCAAUGAGACCACCAUUGGUUUUUGUUUUGGGGAAGAUGCCCCCAUGGAAGGUUUUGUUUCCUAUUGUCCUGAAAAUACUGUGUGUGAUAUCACUUUGGAAUCCGGAUUUUGCAACGAUAAAGCGGAUGCAGAGCCAAGCUGCAUUCCUAAUGCCGGUGAAAAUGAAGAGGAUGAUCCCCCAACAACACCGAUGAUAAUAACAACAUCUACCAUACCAACUACAACGACAACAACAAUAAUGCCCACUACAAGCACAACUAUUGAGCCCUCAAUUACAACACCAACGACGACAACGACGACGACUACAGCCAGUACAACAACCACAACAAUACCGACGACAACAACCACAGAGGCCCCCACAUCUAGUACAACUAUUUCCACAAUGCCUACAACAACGACGACUACCGUAUUGCCAACUACAACAACUAUCCAAGCCACUACAACAACCACUGUUUUGCCAACUACGACGACAACUACAGAAGCUACUACAACAACAACGACAUUGAAACCCACAACAAUGCAGCCAACCACCACUACAACAACUUUGGAACCCACAACAACAACUACAACAAUGCAGCCAACCACCACUACAACAACUUUGGAACCCACAACAACAAUUACAACAAUGCAGCCAACAACCACUACAACAACUUUGGAACCCACAACAACAACUACAACAAUGCAGCCAACAACCACUACAACAACUUUGGAAUCCACAACAACAACAGCCACAAUGCAGCCAACCACGACUACAACAAUGCUACCAACUACCACAACAGUGCAACCCACGACAACAACUACAACAACGGUGCCCACUACGAUUUCAACAACAACUACAAUAACAACCACAACCAUGUUGCCGACACCAUCCGGACCACGUACCCCAACCGAAAUUUGUUUGGAUACAGGUAAAACCGGAUUCUUUCCUCCCGAUGAUGAUCCAACAUGUACCAAAUUUGUCGUCUGCUAUGGUGAUCCAUUGAAGGGCCUGCUCAACAGUUGCUCGGCUGGGCAAUUUUUUGAUCCAGAGGCGAAAUUUUGUUCUACAGUAAUACCACCAGGAUGUCCUGCUGAUGGUCCGACUACUGUUUCAACUACCACCGUUCCCACUACUACAACAACUACCACAACAACGACUACUGCCGCUACACCUGCAGUACCACGAGAUCCAAAUGAGAUUUGUGCAGAUGCCGGUACAACUGGUUCAUAUAAGACCGAUGAUGAUGUUACGUGUACCAAAUAUGUAUUAUGCUAUUUGAUGAGCGGCAAAAUCUCUGGUCUAAUUAAGAGUUGUCCAAGUGGAGAAUAUUUCCAUCCAGUCAAUAGGAUUUGUUCAGCCGAAAAGCCUGAGGGAUGUCCCUAAAACUAAAAAUCUAUGUACAGAAUACAUUUAUGAGCAAACUUGACCUAUAUUUUAUAUUGCAGAGAUAUAAUUUAUUCCCAAGAAUAUAAUAAAUAAAAAUCUUAA